AUCGCUGUUAUCGUUGUUUCCCAGAACUAGGUACCGGCGGUAAACAAAUUUUGUAAAGUGUUUAAAGUUAAUCCCAUUGUUUGGCCCAACUAGUAUGUCAGCGAGUGCACCCAACAUGCCGACAACGCAAGGUGCUCAGGGAUCGGGAAAUCAAAAUCCAGCAACUACCAGUACCAUAGUGAACAACUUCCGGGAGCUCAAAGAGCCGAAGAACUUGGACGAAGCGGUCAAUUACUUAUAUCAAACACUUCUCGACGACGCCGUGGCGGGGAUCUUCAUUGAAACACAUCAUUUGCGUAAAACUGGGAAUCUGGCGGCCCUGGACGGAGUGCCAGAAGACUCCACGUACCGCAUCUGCGAGAUGCCCAAUCUAGACAUAUUCGGCAUUUCGACUGCCAAGAAACCGAUGGACUGCACCUGCCCCAACUGUGAUCGUCCGGUGGCCGCUGCCCGCUUCGCUCCGCACCUCGAAAAGUGCAUGGGCAUGGGCCGCAUUUCGUCUCGGAUUGCGUCUCGUCGCCUGGCCACCAAGGAGGGUGCCACCACAGCUCAUCUGCACUCUGGUGGUAAUACCGGUGGAACAGACGACGAGGACGACGUGGACUGGUCGUCGGACAAGCGUAAAAAGAAGUCCACGCAAAACUCACGGAACAAUGGCUCAAAAAAGAACAAUGGCAAAACCUUCUAGUACUUAUGCAUUUGGUUAAUAUACUCCGAAUGGGUGAUCUGCCCUAAACAAGACUUCAAUAAUAAAUCGAGAUUUCCACGACGACUGGCCAAACUACGAGGUCCCUCGACUUGUGGAGGUUGGCAUUGUUGCAUAACA